AUGGCAAAUGUGGACAGCGAAGACGAGGAAGAGGUAGUUGCUGAUGCGCUGCAAGCUCGACUUUCAACGCUCCAACACCUCCUGCCCGAAGAAGUGGCAACCAUGUUGGGCCGAAUGCCGCCCCGUCAAGCUGGGCAACUUGUCUUGCUGAUGGGGAGCAGCAAUCGAGAGACGAUUCUGGCUGCAAUGUCGGAAGCAUCAAAGGCAGCUGUUGCCCAGACGCUCCCGCCAGAAACAGCUGAAGCCCUGGGCCUUGUGAUUGCAAGAGCCGAUGGCAACUUGGUGGCAGAGUGCCCAAGUGCUAACGGAAAACAUGGUACGCUUUCUGUCCACUCCUUUGUUGCUGGGGGCCGUUCAGGUACAGAAAAGGGCACAGCUCAAGGAGCCGGCAGCCCUAGCAGUGCAGGUGGCUGA